AUGGGCGGCGAGGGGCGCCCGGGGGCCCGGGGCCGCCUCCGCCUCGGGCUCCUCCUCGUCCUGCUGCAGGCGGCCCCCGCAGUUCAACCCUCACAGGGAUUUUUAAGAAGUGCAGUGCCAAGACACAAUAGCUUAAAAAUAGUGGGAUCCAUCAUAUUUCCAGUGAAAGUUUAUGUCAAGCUGGAUCACAACAGUCCACGUAUUUUAUGUGUUACAAAUCAUUUGAGAAACUCAGAAUUGAUUGAUCCGAUAUUCCGGUGGAAUGGACCAAGUGGUUAUCUUUCUUCGGAAAAUAGCAGUGUGCAAAUAUCACCAACGGGAACUUUAAUAUUGAGACACUUCAAAUCUCAUCUGAGUGGAGUUUACAAUUGUUCUCUUCUUUAUAAGUUAACAGCAACGCAACCUGAUAAAAAACUCAUUUUAAAAUAUCUUAUUUAUGCUUACUCUGAUCCUCAAUAUUACUAUGAAUUGACAGUACGGUAUCACGCAGCCCCCUGCAAUAGUUUUCAUAAUAUUUCUUUCAAGAAGGCCUUGAUUCAGAUACUAAACAAGCUUGUUGCUGAACUUUCUUGUGAGGUUAUGUUAAUUAAGUCAGAAUGCCAUCAUGUAAAAAUGCAGAGAGGAGGUCUACAGAAUGAAAUGUUCUUUACAUUUUCAGUUACUUGCUUAGACAGAGAAGAAAACAACAGACUAUGUAAGCGAAGUGCUUGUGAUGCAUCUCACAGAUUAAACAAGGCAAAAUACCUCAUAGAGAGAUUUUUUAAGCAAGAAGUAGAAGUUAGGAAGAAGACUGCUGAACCGUUGCCUGAAAUAUACUACAUUGAAGGUACUCUGCAAAUGGUGUGGAUUGAUCGCUGCUAUCCAGGAUACGGAAUGAAUGCUCUAAGACAUCCAGGCUGUCCAGAGUGUUGUGUUAUCUGCAGCCCAGGAUCAUACAAUCCUAGCAAUGGAAUUCACUGUCUUCAGUGUGACAGCAGUUUGAAAUAUGGAGCAACAAAGUGCUAG